CUGGCAAGGGCCGCGGGCGCUUCGCCAACCUCGCCAGGCCGCUGCGCCGCGUCGCCUCGCUGUCGCUGGCCGCGGGCUUCCGCGCCUAUGCGAGGUGGAUCCCGUCGGAGCUGAACCCGCCGGGCGCCCCCCCGCGCCGCGGUUUCUUCGCGGGGCCGUCGUGGGAAGGCGCUCGCGGCAGCUCGGUCGGCCUCCCUGGUGGUGUCCGAAACGGGCCUGACGAUGCCGCUGACGGCGCUGCGCGCUGGCCGCCUGAGCUUCCUGGAAGCGGCUGCCCUCGCGCGCGCCACGGCGAAGCACUUCGCGGCCCGCGCCCGCGGGCUAGUGAGCUGGUGCCAGCGGGGCGGCGCAUCGUGGAGCGCGGCUCAGGAGCCAGACGUGAUCUUGACGGCCUCCCUGGCGCACCUGGCCUCGGGCGGCUUCGACGCUGCGACGGACCGCGUGACCGCGGAGGCAGUUCGGCGCCAGCUGCCGGCGCGAGGGCCGCCGCGAGCGGCGUCGCUGGAGGGCGGGGAGAAGCUGCAGCCGCCGUGGAUGCGGCUGCCGACCCCGCGCCCUGCGGUGGUGGCGAUCGUCGGCGUGAUGUUCUCACUGGGCCAAAUCUCGUUCGCGCUGAGCGGCGCGCUGGACCACUUUGCGCGGCGUCCGCGGUGGGACAGCACGUGCGCGCGGGAUUUCGAGGUCGCGCAGGCGCGGGGCGCCUUCGACCGGGCCGCCGAGCGCCUUGGGCUGGAGGCGCAGCCGCCGCGGCACGUGCUCCGCCACAGCGCAGCCAGCGACGACCGGCUGGCCACUGGGCGCGCGCUCUCAGAGGUGAAAGUCCGCGGGCGUCGGAUCACUGACUGCUCGAUGCGCAGUUGCGCCGGGAUGACCGUGCUUCACCGACAGAUGACGUCGUUGUCGGUGGGGGCGCUCGGCUUCCGUCAGAGGAUGGACGCGCGCCUGGCUUCGGUCGUCGUCGAGAACGCAGCCCUCCAGAAGUGCUUCCCGCUGAAGAUGACCGCGAAGAAGACGCCGUCAUCUCGCGGGCGUCUGAGACCCUUUCGGACUGCCAGGCGGGCGACUAUCUGACUCGGGCGCUGACGGCUGCCUUCUGGCAUGCAUCGGCGAAGCCUCGCUCUGGCUCCAUGUGUUUUGGCUUCGCUUCUCGGCCAAUCGCGAAGCGCUUGCGCGCGCUAGGAUUUGCCGCCCUGUUCUUCGAUCCCAGCCGGCAUCUUGGGUUUGAUUGGUCUCGGCCCGCGGUGCGCCAAAUGAUCUUGGGGUGGCUUCGGUGCGCGGUUGUCUUAGGCGUUUGGGCCUCUCCCACUUCAGCCCCCGGCGCCCCGCCGCUCGGUCUCGGGCUCUCUGGGGUUCGCGUGUCACCGUGAUCCUCGAGUGCCAUCGCUUGCGGGCCCCUGUGCUUAGCGAGUGCCCGUUUAGUUCUUCCCAUCACGCGGGGGCCUAUUUCAAACGCGCGCGCGCCCUUUCCUCGCAACCAGCUGAAGGAAACCUCUGCCAGCGCGGACGCACCCUUCCCAGACGCACCAUGCUGCGGCCCUGGAGUGUUGCAUCGCCUCUGCUUGCCGCGCGUCUUUUGUGCUCGGGCAAGAGCUGGAGAUGUUCUGGUCAUCGGCUUUUUCAUGCGAAGUUGUCCGCCCUGGAUAACGUUGGGCGUCCGUUCCGUCGCCUGGAAAACAACUCCCCGCGUGAUAUUGAUUUUUGGGCCGCCAUCUGGUCGGCGAGCAGUGCUGCAAUCCUUCGCGAGAAUAGAUGUUCUCGAGUGCUCGGGAUUUCGGUGCGCGCUUGCAUUGAGUACCAAUGUUAAGUUAAUGUGUUUGGCCUGCGGCCAGGGGCGGCAGGCAUGUUGGGCGCAGAUCUCGUGUUCCCGUGGCUUUGCAAGACGAAGUGGUUGCCCUCGCCCCGCUCCGCCAAACCUGCUCUGGCGCACGGAAAGGAGAGGCAUCAUAGAAUUGCUUCAGAGUGUCUCGAUCGUUGCAAUGGUGCGCGCCGCAACCAUUGCGGCUGAAGUCUCCCUCCCUCCCUCCAUUCGCCUUCAGUGUUGGGAUUUUUUCCGAGAAUGGCAACACUGCUGGUGCUGGCUCGUGCGCCCGCGGUUUCGCACAACGAGACGGUCGCCCUCGCCCCUCUCAGCAAAGCAUGUUCUGGCGCACGGAAUGGAAGGGG